GUUCUCGCUGGCUUGUCUUGUGUGCCUGAUUUGUCUCGCGCAGCAGCGGUCUCGGCCGUGCGUCGCCUCAGCUGCUGCUGGAGCCGUUGUUGUCGGAGCGAGCGAGCGAGCGAGGAAGGGGAGGUUGCCGCGAGGCCGCCGUUGCCAUGGCGGGGGGCCCGGCUCGCGCCAACGCCGCCGCCACUCCUGCUGCUCCUCCCGCCCCGCGCCCCUUCUUCCCUACCUGCCUCGGGCUGGCCGUGCUGGUGCUGGUGCUGCUGGGGGGCCAGCGGGGGGCCCAAGCUUUAAGGUGUUUGUGCUCUAAUUGCAACGAAGCUAACUCCACCUGUGAAACAGAUGGUGCCUGCAUUGUCUCCAUAACAAAUGUGAAUGGGUUGAAGCAUCAUGUCCGGGCUUGCAUCCCUAAAGGAAAGCUGAUUCCUGCUGGAAAACCCUUUUUUUGCCUGAGUUCAGAAGAUGUGCGCAAUACACACUGCUGCUACUUAGAUUUCUGCAAUAAAAUUGAUCUGAUGGUACCCAGUGGUCAUCGAAAAGAUGAAGAUGAAACUUCUUCUGGAUGGGGACCUGUGGAGCUGGUGGCUGUGAUUGCAGGGCCAGUGUUCCUUGUUUUUGUCAUUAUGAUUAUAGUAGUUUCUGUCUUUCACCAUCACCAACGAGUAUAUCACAAUCGUCAGCGUUUGGACAUGGAGGAUCCAUCUUGUGAGAUGUGUCUCUCCAAGGACAAAACCCUGCAAGAUUUAGUAUAUGAUCUAUCUACCUCUGGCUCUGGCUCAGGUUUGCCCCUCUUUGUCCAGCGCACUGUGGCUCGAACAAUAGUCUUGCAAGAAAUCAUUGGCAAAGGUCGUUUUGGAGAAGUAUGGCGUGGUCGGUGGCGUGGUGGUGAUGUAGCUGUGAAAAUCUUCUCUUCACGAGAAGAGCGUUCCUGGUUCAGGGAAGCAGAGAUCUACCAGACUGUUAUGUUGCGCCAUGAGAAUAUCUUGGGGUUUAUUGCUGCAGACAACAAAGAUAAUGGCACUUGGACUCAAUUGUGGUUGGUCUCUGAUUACCAUGAGCAUGGCUCUCUAUUUGAUUACCUCAACCGAUAUACUGUAAAUAUUGAGGGGAUGAUUAAAUUGGCUCUGUCUGCUGCCAGUGGACUAGCACAUCUGCACAUGGAGAUUGUUGGGACCCAAGGAAAGCCUGGAAUUGCGCACCGAGACUUGAAAUCCAAGAAUAUAUUAGUGAAGAAAAACGGAACUUGUGCCAUUGCAGAUCUAGGUCUAGCUGUCCGCCAUGACUCUGUUACUGAUACAAUUGACAUCGCUCCCAAUCAGAGGGUUGGAACGAAACGUUACAUGGCUCCUGAGGUUCUUGAUGAAACUAUAAACAUGAAGCAUUUUGAUUCGUUUAAAUGUGCUGAUAUCUAUGCCCUGGGCCUAGUUUACUGGGAAAUUGCUCGCAGAUGUAACUCAGGAGGUAUCCAUGAAGAAUAUCAGCUACCAUACUACGACCUUGUGCCCUCUGACCCUUCCAUCGAAGAAAUGAGGAAGGUUGUAUGUGACCAGAAGCUGCGGCCCAACAUUCCCAAUUGGUGGCAGAGUUAUGAGGCUUUGCGUGUAAUGGGGAAAAUGAUGCGAGAGUGCUGGUAUGCAAAUGGGGCUGCACGGUUAACAGCCUUGCGCAUCAAGAAAACUCUUUCACAGCUCAGCAUCCAAGAAGAUGUGAAAAUCUAGUCUGCACGCCCCAUCCAGAGGAAACUGCACAAAAGCUGCCAUGCUGGGACUGAUAUGCGGUGAAGGAGGCCUACCUCGUAUUUCUGUACAGCCUGCUGCUAUCAACUGGACAAUGUGGUUUGCAGAUGGUUAGGUGUGGAGGUUGGACUUCAUAGACUAUGUUCUGCUCCUGCUUCAGGAGUGAACUGCAUUUUUUAAAAAUCCCCUCCUGAGCGUGUUAAGAGAGGGAUGUAUAGAGGGGUGUUGGCCACAAACUGCAACCUUUGUUUCUCUGGCGGAAAUCCCUGUAAAUUCUAGUGACAUGCUGGUUGGGGAAAUCCUUCUAGCUUGGGAGAGGAAAUGACUUCUGUAUGCUCUGAAAUGUGUGUGUGAGAGGGGGUGAGGUUCUUAAGGACGGGACAUGUGCACACAAAUCUUGUGUGCACCCUGCCCAUCCGUACACGUGAAGUGCUUGGCCCUUUUCUAGCUUGACAGAUCAGAAGCCGGCGCAACCAUUAGUUCUCAAUGAUGUGUGCAUGUGCAAAGGUGCGUGUCCCUGUGCCUCCUAGGUAUGUAUUGUGCCCGCUUGUGCUCCUGUGCAUGUGAAAAGUGUAGUGACCCCUUGUGAUGUGCAGGUGCUCUUGUCCUCUUUGUCCACUAGUUGAACAUUAGCCAUCUGUCGCCUCACCAGGGAGGGAGAGGGGUAUGUCCUGCAAGUGGUUAGACUGACCAGGGCGCGACACCCGUUGUCUCACUGCCAUUCCUCCCCUCCUUUGCAAUGCAGAGAAAAGAUGUUUCGUUGCAAGGUUCCCUUGGUGUGGUAAUGCCAGGCAGCAGUCGUUAUCUGGGAGACAGAGCAACCUGCAGAAAGACUGAAAUCGGUGCUGUUCUCACUGUAAAGGAAAUAACGCUAAGGAAGGAUGGGAAAGAGAAACUGACCUGAUAGGAUCAUUGCCCUUCCAUUUCUCAAGGUGCCUUUGGCAGAGUGACUUUAGCAUUUAGAAUUACUCAAGAGAGUGAAACCAAUAUGGGGAGACACGUUUUCGGAGACUUUCUGGCAAGAUUGGUUCAUUGAGGAAUAAUGACUGUAAAACAUUUUGUGUGUGUGUGUGUGUAAAUAUAUACAUAUAUAUAUACAUAUAUAUAUGGUCUCCCAUAUUCUGGGAGCGACCAUUGAGUCACUUGGGGAGGAGGGCAGGGAAACGUUGGGAAAAAGAUUAACUGCAUGCAUUUUGUUUCAGAUAAAUGAUCAGGGUGUACAGUAGUAAGACUGAUUUGGCUGUUAGGUUUGUGUUAGAAACAGCCCAAGACUGUAUUACCGUGGAAAUAAUGCAUUAAAACUCCAUUAUAUAUGGAUUGGGUUGGGUAUUUGUGGUAGAUAACUCCUGAAGCCAUAACUUUUAACUGGAGUGAUUUGAUUAAUUUUAUUUAAUUGUUAUUUUAAUAGGCGGGUCUGGAUUUUAACUUUUUUUACUAUUCUUUAUAAGAGAAGUAAAAUGGAUAAUUACCUCUCAUUCUGUUUAUAAAGAAAUCACUGCAAAAAUCUGAAAAAAUGCAUACAGCUCAAUUUUACACUGGAACUGUUUCUAUUGAAAUUGUGAGCCCUGAUGUCUGAGAGGAGGUGUCUCCACUCCACGUCAGGCUAUUUUUAAGAAUAUAUAGCAUUCUGUGUUUGCCGUCUGUGUUCAUAUGGAUGUUUGUCUUAGUGUGUUCCCCCAAUCCUUCCUAAGACCCUUCUCAUGUGUCCUCAACUGUGGAAGUGUGUAUAUUUGAAAGUCAAAUUGUGUAUUUGUACAUUCUCGUCUUGGUUUGAAACAAGCUGUAUUUUCCUCCCAGGGCGUGUUUUGAAAAUCUCAGGUGCUACUAUUCAUGGGAAGAGAUAAGGAGUUUGUGCCUCUGAUUGUAAGACAUGCCUUUCUCGGCGAACUGUUUGAUCAUUCUGAGCCAGAGGGCACCACACACUUCCUACAAAGGGACACAGCUUAAGCAAAACCAUCCCUUCAUUUCACCUCUGAGAGGAAAUGAAACUUGAAGCUUCUCUAGGUAGUGCAUUUCUGUAAAUGAGAAAUGGUGUGUGUAUUUGGUUGCUGACUUUAGAAGUUCAAGAUAGCACAUUAAAAGAUUUAAAUUUGGCAGAGAGGUAAUGGGCUUGUAAUCCCUGUGUGGGACACCCCCCUGUUUAAAAGAAAAUAAUAUCACAAGAGCCACUGCACUUUUAAAAGUCCUUGGUGUUAACUGUUUGAAGAAAUGGGGAAGUGGUAGGGGCCGAGAAAUUUAAGUUGGGUUGGAAGUCCCAUCUGUCUUAUAGGCACAUUCCUUUUGAGCUUUUCUCCCAUUUUCUAGUUUGUGAUUUCUCCCCAUGAUAUUGUAAUUUAAGUGCACUACCUAGAAGUAAAUUCUGUUCAGACCAACAGUGUACGCUUCCAGGGAAAAGCAAUUUGAAUUGGAGUAUAAUUCAUCUAAUUCAUAUUUUAAAGCAAUUUGGGGUGUUGCGUGGUUUCCGGGCUGUAUGGCUAUGUUUAAGGAGCAUUUUCUCUGGUGUUUUGCCUGCAUAUGUUGCUGGCAUCCUCAGAUCCUCUGAAGAUUUUUUUUUUCAUGUCAGGAGCAACUUGAGAAACUGCAAGUCACUUCUGGUGUGAGAGAAUUGGCUGUCUGCAAGGAUGUUGCCCAUGUGUUACCAUCCUGUAGGAGGCUUCUCUCAUAUCCCCGCACAACAAGCUGGUGCUGACAGACGGGAGUUCACCCCGUUGCCCGGAUUCGACUGCUGAACUCUUUUGUUCAGCAGUCCUGCUAGGACGAGUGUUUCACCCAUUGCACCACCAGAUGCUACAGAUGCAGGUGAAAUGUCAGGAGAAAAUGCUACUAGAACACAGCCAUACAGCCUAGAAACCACACAACACUCCAGUGAUUCCAGCCGUGAAAGCCUUCAACAAUACAUUAAAGCAAUUUGCUACUCACAUGCCUGGAUGCCCACCCAUUGUCUAUAUAGAUAUCUUGUCACCUAUUACCUUCUCUGUUGCAAUUGCAUCUAACAGAUGCAAUCUUUAUUUGAGAUACUUACUGCUAGUCUAAAACAUUUUACCCUUAUGGGCAACAAAUCUCUCACAAAGAGAAAUGAUCCCGUGUGUUUAUUUUUUUAAUCUUUUCUCCAAAGAGCUAUGGAACAGAAACACAAAUCAAUUUGCUCACUCCAAAUCUCUAGUCAUAUUGAGGAGAAGAGCAAGACAGCCAACUGAAAAGUAUUAGAAGGCACUAGUAGUACAAUUCCACAGGGAGGGCAGGGCUCGGUGCUUAUUUGGAUACUCUGUUGUAACAUGCAAUAGAGAUGGGUCCAGUGAUAUGUGAGGUUAGCUGUUGAGUCUAAUUUUCUUGCAUCCACUUAAUCAGCUACAAAAAUAAGACGGAGCAGUAUUUUAUGUCAACAGACACAUGCAGUUAUGUCAGUCAUUGCAUGGUUUUCCCUUUUAAAUAUGUGAAAACUAUGGAAAAAUCAGGAAAAAUGCAUAACUUUGCAGCUGUCAGCCAAAAGGGUUUUAAACACUAAGAGUAUCUAGAAGAAUAAGAACUGUCUCCAUAGCCAAACAUCUGUUAAUGUAUUUAUUUUUAGUCCAGAGGUCAUAGUAACCCAACCAUGAAAUGGAAUACCAGUUUUGGACUCCAAUUUGGAAAUAACCAAUCAGACUUAUAUCUUGGUAUCCAACAAUUGAAUAGUCUGUCAGUAUCAGACUUCCAAAAGAGUUCAUGUAGUUGUUUUCAAAUCUAGAUGGUGGCCGGUAUGGGUCCUUGGCAGGUAGGGCACUGGCUUUAGAAUAACUUGUUACUGGUACUGUUGUCCGUCUCUUCCCCGCCUCCCUUCUUGCCUCUUUUAGUCAUCUUGUCCCUGGCUCCUAGUUGACAUAUUUGUUUCAGGUUUUGUAUGGUUUAUUAGAAAAAAGACUGUAAAAUACCACUUAGACACUUUACCUCUUCAGUAUGCAAAUGUAAAUACAUGUAAUAUAGGAAAGAAAUCUUUUGUUUUAAUAUAAUAAAGAGGCUGUCCAAUUUUCUGUUGUACAUUAUUAAAGGUUUGUUUUUAUUCA